AUGGAGUUCGACGGGCGUCCGCCGCCAAUGAACGGAUGCUUCUUUCCGACGGUGAGUGAAUCAGAGGAGAGACUUUUAUGAAGACAGUAACCCAUGAGCUUACAGGUUCUCACCGAAGAAGUCUGGAAGCAGAUCGAGGCUCGUCAGGUAGACUUUCUAAAGGAUCUCGGCGGAUGGCUCAAACGUCUCCUCGUCGAGCAAGCCUACAUGGAAGAUAACCUGGGACCGUGGGAGGCUGAUGAUUCCCACUGGCGCGCGGAGCAGGAUUUUGUCAUCAGAACGCUGCGCAUAUGUGAGGAGCCGUUGCUUGUCGACUACUACAUAAAAAUGGCCGAACGACAACAGGAAUACAUGCGGAAAGUGAAGAAAAGAAAGUCGAAACUGGACGUCCUUAUCCAGAAUAUCACCGAUGUCAUCAUCCACAUGCAAGAGAAACAGAAGAAAGGGGCGACUGGACGAGCUCAGAAGGCGGAGAACGAGACAAAGGUCAGUUGGGUUGGCACGGAAGUAGAAAUGGGUUAUCAUAUCAGUUACAGUCUGGUCAGUGAUUAAGUAUCACAUUUUCAGAUGGUGGACGAGUCGAGAAUUAGCCAAGACGGCUCCAAGGAAGGAGACCAGGUCGAUCAGCCGCACUCGGAAGAGACCGUCAAGUGA